CAGCUGCGGGCUGUAGUCGUCGAGCGUGGGAGCAGCGCGACCUUCUUGCACCUGACCUCGCCUCAGCAGCAGCGGCCUGCCUCCGCACCGCACCCUCCAUCGCCGUCACCCUCGCCCCCCAGCACCCUUGCCGAUGUCCUUCCGGCCAACCCUGGCGCUGCUGAGCAAGGCCUCGCGCCUGCCGCUCAGCUCCAAGAAGGGCAACAAGGACUUCUACAAGGGCACGCGCACGCCAAACGUGCUGCUGCGCAAGCGCAUCGCGCUCGCAGACAAGCACGGCAUGCAGCUCUAUGACGAGUUCGGCCGGCCCGCCACGUGGAACAAGCGCACGCACCGCAUCGACGAGGCCCGCGUGCCCGCGUACAUCGUCCCGCCCGGCCUGGCGGACACGCCGCUGCGGCCAUACGUCUACAUGGGCCCCGCCUCGUCCUCAGGCGUGCCCAUGCCCGCACCCGGCUACCCUGGCGGGCCGAAGAUGGAGCCCAAGCGCGGGCUGGACGCAGACUACUACGAGGCAGUGAGCGAGGAGAUCUGGCAACGGAGAGAGGCGGCGGAUGGCGAGGGCUCGGGUUCGAAGCGGUAGUGGAUAAUACGAUUGCAUGCAGGCAAUCAGUGGCCGCGCGACCGGCGAGGAGCUCGGCGGAAUCAGCCAGGUCGGAUCGCUGCUGCCAAAGAGGCCGAGAGGGAGCUGUGGCGUCAGGCGAGGCGUGCACAGCUUCAGAUGCGCGGUGAGCAGUGCGCCAGUGGGUGGCAUGGGAUGAAAGUGCAGCGCUCGCAACAGUGUUUGCCUCGCAACGCUACCUUUAGCAACGCAGAAGGGUUGCGCGCCAGCAGCAGGCGCAGCUCGUCGAUCUUGCAGGCUGCAGUGGCUCUCCAGCGCUGUUGCCAUGGGGCUGUGGGCGUCUGCCGUUGCCCGACGCCCACAGAUCCAUGUCACUACGGCUCAGAGUGCUGCGAAUCCUGAACGAGCCUCGCACGAGCUUGGCGAAGAGCGAGCCCUG